CUGUAAGGGAGCCGAGUAACUUGGAAGAUUACAGAGGGAAUGUGUAAAUAAAAGGGAGAAUUUUAAUUUUUUUGCAGCAAAACAAAAACUUUUCAUCGACACAAACAUGCUUUAAAACCGAACCUGACCUCCUUCGGAAUACGUUCGGAACGGGAAUUCCAGCGUUUCUCUCGACAGAAACGAACUUUUAAUGGAACCUCCUUAAAGAUUUCAUCUGACCCAGCAGUGAAAUAAGAGUAGAGAGAAAGUUGUGACUUCAAUAGAAAAGUGAGUAUGUUCUUAAAGCCACAACGUUUGUUUUUGCUGCUUGGUGCUGUCCUGGCUCCAUGUCCCAGCCUUUAGGGACAAACCUGAAGACCCAGCAGGACACGCCGAAGACACCCAGGCUGUGCCUGAAGGGCAAAAUCAGAGCAUGGUUUUUCUGCUCCUGCUCUCAAACAUUCCCUUCAGUGCAUCUUCCUAGAGAGCCUCUGGAAUCGCUGAAAUUUUCUACUUUUAGAAGCAACAAGAGAUGGAAAAAUAUCGGCUGCUGCCAAGUGAGGGAUGUUUGAAGAUGACACAGUUGAUGGCACUGGAUAUGGAAACUUCAGCUUGUAGUUACAGGACCUGUUUGCUGCAAACAGUGAAAAAAUCUGCUCUUUUCUCAGGAAUUAAAAGAAAAUGGACUAAGAAAAUCAGUGACGGCUGAAGCGUGGACGCUUUACGAUUUCCAUAAAAUGAAGGACCUAAAAGUCCAUUGUUUUCUCCAAAGGUGCCUGGUUUUUCAGGGAGAGAGGUACCUGCCUUCUGAUUUCCUGGGAGCAAAUAUGAUCACACUGCCUAUUAGGCCUGGAUGUGCUGGGAUUAUCCUCCUGCUGCUGUGACAAUCAGCAUUAUUAUUUCAGGGAGUAACUGUAAACCGUAGAUUUUUAUGGAUCGGCUUCGCUUGGAAUAAACAUCAUGUCAAUGGGAACAGAAUGGUUGAACCUUUCCCAGAGGGAACACAGAUGGCUCUGUUUGGUAUGGGGUGUUUCUGGGGAGCCGAGAGGAAGUUCUGGAGGCAGAAAGGAGUGUAUUCCACUCAAGUGGGUUAUGCAGGAGGACAUACCCCAAACCCUACCUACAAGGAGGUGUGCUCAGGCAGAACUGGGCACACUGAGGCCGUCCGGGUGGUGUUUGAGCCACAAAACAUCAGCUUUGAGCAACUGCUCAAGGUCUUCUGGGAGAAUCAUGACCCGACACAAGGGAUGCGGCAGGGGAACGACGUCGGCACUCAGUACCGCUCGGCCAUCUACACCUUCUCCCAGGAGCAGAUGGAAGCUGCCCUGAGAUCCAAGGAAGAAUAUCAGAAGGUGCUGAAGGAGGAAGGCUUUGGCCCCAUCACCACGGAGAUCCGGGAGGCUCCUGAGUUUUAUUAUGCCGAGGAAUAUCACCAGCAGUACCUCAGCAAGAACCCUGGAGGGUACUGUGGCCUGGGAGGGACGGGGGUUUCCUGCCCCAUGGGCACCAGGAAAUAGCCUGUGCUUGCUCCACCACCUCCUCUUCAUUGUAGGGAGCUUGGGAAAAAAAAAAAAGACCAGGAACCCUGGUGGAUGUUCCUGCAGCAUCUGUGGAUAAAGAUUUGGGAAUCUGCUGGGGAGGCUUUCCAUAAUUAUAAGUUUUCAAAAGCCAAAGUAGAGGCAGGAAUUGCUUCCAUUCUUGCUCUGUGCAUCUCCCAGGGUUUCCUUGUCAUCUGGAGAGGUGGAAAGAGCUCCAAACUUCUGAAGUUUGGCUUGAAAUGCUGUUAAAAGGGUGAAUUAGGAGGUGGUUGCAUCCGUAGCUGCUUUGUAUUUCCAAUGCCUUUGGACUUUUUGAUUUUCUUGGGUUAAUUAAUUUCCUGGUGUUCCCAGAGCUUUGACUUCUGGAUAUGUGGUUGGGUUCCUUACCGUCACAGCCCUGGAAUUUGAUGUCUUUGGGAAUGAUGAAUUGAUCAGAUCAGUGAUUCUCCCACCACAACUCCACUUUCACAGCAUUUAGUACCACCUGUAGUGCCUAUUUUAUGAAAUUAUUUUAGCCAUAAAAAAUAAAAUUGUCAAGUGAUGCUUCUUUUUGACAGUUCCAAUAAGUGAAUAAACACAAAAAGAAAUCAGUUUUGUGUCCUGCUCUGCAAUAAAUGGCAGAAUAAGAAAAGAACAA